GGGUUUGUUAUGAGAAAAAAAAGGAGCGUCUAUUUUUUUCUUCCUCUUUUUCUCCCUCUUUUAGCAGAACUGAAGAAUAGAUAGAGCCUGUUGCUGCUGGAGCUGAUUCCCUUCCCCUCUUCAUCUCCCACCUCCUUUCAGUCUCACAUACACACACAGACGCUGUCACAGACACACGCGAGCGCAAAUAUUUACACACUGCCACACCGAAGAAAUCCAUGCACGUUUUCCUGCAAACACGCGCGCGCGCGCACACGUACUUCGGCGGGCGCUCACGUCCUCUGCCUCACCGACAGACACAGACAUUUACACUUCUAGGCCAGGAAAGCGCUAACCAGGAUCCUGUGACUCUACGCAGGUUCCAGAACACGCCUUCUACAUUGUUACUGAACCGAUCAGCGAACACAGACAAACGUGCCAACACUUAAGCCUACUGGCUGGACUUCAUCUCCAUGGCAACAAGCAUGGAAGGCAAAGAGUUGACUCCAGAAGGAAUUGUGAAGAGCCACAACAAUGUGCCAGUGAAUAAUGAGUAGUACCUACUGUGGCAACUCUUCAGCUAAGAUGAGUGUCAACGAAGUAUCAGCUUUCUCAUUGACUCUGGAGCAAAAAACUGGCUUUGCUUUUGUUGGGAUUUUGUGUAUCUUCUUGGGACUUCUUAUUAUCCGAUGCUUCAAAAUCCUGCUAGACCCAUAUAGUAGCAUGCCUUCCUCUACAUGGGAAGAUGAAGUUGAAGAGUUUGAUAAAGGGACAUUUGAAUAUGCACUCGCGUGAGAGUUCCAGCUAUAUGGUUUUUAUGGUUGCGCCAUUGGGACACAUUCUGGAUACAAUUGUAAUUACCUUGAGUGUGUGGGAGAGAGGCUCAUUUUGUUCAGCGAAUUCAAUAAACAUCUGUGACUAAUUUCUUCACCA